UGAGUGAGAGGACAUUAAAACGGAGCGUGUACAAGCUGAACAUUAGACUCUGGAUACGAUCAACAAUAAUCAGGUUGGAAACUUUUCCCAAACCAACUCAAUGGUUCAUUGAAGGAAUAUUGUCACGUGUUGACUACCAGACCCGGUUACAGUAUACGCAGUUUUAGACGUCUCGGGACUCAAUGACGAGAAAUUCUACUAGGGGACCAGGAGGACAGUAGAUGACAAUGGUGAAGAGGUUGAUUUUAGAGGUAACUGAAAGUGCACAGAUUUUAAAAGAAGAGAUGGUUAAAUGAGACAAGAAGAGAGGUGUGAGAGACCAUCUUCUUUGACAUCUCCCAGACCUGUACCACCACCCCUGCCUGUUUCUCAUGAAUGUAAAUCAAUCGUUUCCCGGAUGGAGAACAAUUCCUCCUCAUCGUCUGCUCUGCCUUCCUGCACCUACAAUGAGGACUUUAAGCGCAUCCUUCUCCCUGUGGUGUACAGCGUGGUCUUUGUCCUUGGUUUGCCGCUCAAUUUUGCCGUCAUCCUACAGCUGUGGGGAACCAGACGUUCUCUGACUCGGACCAACAUCUACACACUCAACCUGGCAGCUGCUGACUUCCUGUAUGCAUGCUCCCUCCCUUUGCUCAUCUACAACUAUAGCAGUCGAGACUACUGGCCCUUUGGAGAGCUGACAUGCCGAUGGGUUCGUUUCCAGUUCUACAGCAACAUGCACGGCAGCAUCCUUUUUCUCACCUGCAUCAGUGUUCAGCGCUACCUGGGAAUCUGCCAUCCGCUGUCCCCAUGGCUCAGAAGAGCAGGACGCAAGCUGGCAUGGGCUGUAUGUGCCAGUGUCUGGGUCAUUGUAGCACUUCUGUGUGCACCUACCUUUGAAUUUGCAGCAACUGGCAUCCAGAGAAAUCGUACUGUGUGCUACGAUCUGAGUGUGCCUGAGCGCUCGCGUCAAUACUACCCAUAUGGCAUGGCCCUCACCUGCCUGGGCUUCCUAUUGCCUUUUUUGGUCAUUGUGCUAUUGUACUGCAGGAUGGCACGGGUUCUUUGCCAACCAGGGGAUGUCAGUGGUGAAGCAGCCAAGGAGAAGAAGUGCAAAGCUGUGAGGAUGAUUGCUAUUGUGGUGCUGGUGUUUGCCGUAAGCUUCCUGCCUUUCCAUGUGACCAAAACAAUGUACCUGCUAGUGAGGACCUUGCCUAAUGCUCCGUGCCAACUUCGGAACCUUUUUUCAGUGGUCUAUAAGAGUACGAGGCCCUUUGCCAGCAUGAACAGUGUGCUCGAUCCUAUCCUGUUCUACUUCACCCAGCCCAAAUUUAGACGCAGCACACGCAGCCUGCUGCUCAGGGUCACUACUUAUAGAGACAACAGCAAACAAGGAGAAAGAUCACCACAAAACCUAAUAAACCAGAAAUCAUUAAGGGUAUAAAAUUAAAUUAAUUGUAUAAAAGUAUGUUUGCACCUACUAGGCUCGCACCUAAUCUCAAUUUCUACUGAGGAAGAAUCCCUGAAACCUCCUGAAUGAAAACUUGACAUUUUAAAACCAUAGAAUGGAAAAACAUUUUCCUACAUUUUCUUUUCUUAGUCCAAAACACUAAAAUCUAAAUAAAACCUCUGCAGGUGUCUUAAAUGAUUGCGAUCGUCUUUUAGUUUGCUGCCACUUAUGUACUAUCAAUUAAUCAUUCUUACCAUAAUUAAAUACAUUUGCCAUAAAUUAACCUAAGCCUAAAACAGCCUAUCAAAGGUUGUAAAUGUAAACAUAAAAUCUGAAUCUCAGUUAAUCACAAUCCUAACUUUGCACUAAUAAGUCCACAGAUACUCAUACAGUCCACUCAUAAACAAAUGUUCUUUAUGAUCUUUAUGUUCUUUAAGACAAAAUCUAUUUUCAUGACCUAAUGUGUGUAGAACACAAAUAUUUCAGAUUCAUGCAUGGAUGAUCCACUGUAACAAAUAGAUCAACAAAAACAACACAAGGUUUUGAUUGAAACUGAACAUUUUGCCCAAAAGCCCUUCAUUGGCUGUGUAAGCAAAGUGUUUCUGAGGCUGUAGGAAGACCAAUCAUUUAUAAAAUAUUAUUGGUUUGUCUUGUUGGAUAUUAAUGAAUGCCUGGUCAACUACACGACAAACUUACUAAGGCAAAAAAGACCUAGCUGUUAAAGAAGUCGCAUGCUGUACUUAUCCAUUCAUGGUUGUCGACACCGCGAAUAUGAGAAUAAGAACUUUAACCCAGGGUUUAGGAAUGUAGUGUUUUGAAGUGUUAAAAUACCUGUGUGUGUGUGUGUGUGUGUGUGUUUGUGUGUGUGUGUGUGUGUGUGUGUGUGUAGAAUUGUCUGCACAGUGGACAUGGGUGAGAGUAACUGCCAUAUCAUGAAACCUUACAAUAGGCCUUUUGCACUUCCAAAACAGGUCUCAGGUCUUAUGCUUGCUUAACAAUAUAAGCUCACCAUCUUAUAGACAGUAUGUUCGUACUGAUCAUCAUUUCAAAACCCAGUACUGGUUUGUUUUUACUCUUAUUCACAUGUAUACUGGAACGAUUUAUACUUCCACUACGUGUAAAUAUAAAUAAAAGUGAAGGGCACCAUGUAGGACUUGACUUCAGCCACUAGGUGGUGUGAUUUAUCAAGAAGAGCUGGCAGCAGUGCGUCUGGUCUUUCUGUAAGCUGCACUUAGCUGAUCAGUCUCGUAUCUAAAGGGAAUAUAAUUCUGUUCAGAAUGAGAUUUCACACACCUUAGUUCUUCCUUAAGCAAGUACUGAUGUAAUUAUAAAACAUGACUGAAUCUAUAAUACAAGUAUGCAUGCUACACACUGUAGAAAUACCUGUAUAUAUAUGAAGACAUAAAUUGCACUCUUGGUUUGAGCAUGUGGUGCUGCAUCACACGCUUGCGUUUUAAGACUACACCAGUAAACCUUAUCAAUAGAAAUGUGUGUAUCUGUUGAAAAGACAUUGAUAGUGUAGUGUAAAUGCUGUGCCACUUAAAAAUGCUUUUGGCCUGUGAGAAUAUGACUAAUUUGUGAAGUUUUUCAGUGUCUUGUAGUUUUGUGAAGCUAUAAUACUUGUGUGUGGGCUGUUCAAACCAUUAAAUGUGAAUUUCAGAACUAUACAACUUUAAAAAUGGGCAUCGCUGAGUUGGUACCUGACUGGAUAUUGAUAUAAUUGUGUAAAUGCUUGUGCCAUACUACAAUGUUUGCUUGCUUUGCUUAUGUCCGUAGACCUAAACUUUGCACUAAUAUACAGUAUUAGAAAUCAAUAAAACCACCAGAAGUUGUGUUUCCAUGGUUCUGUCUUUUGUUCUAUGUAAACAAUGACUGAGCAAAUACAAUAAAAAUGUAUAAUUGCAGGCCGGCAUGGCAGCACCUCAGAGUUUCAGGUCUCUGGAUAAAGUUUCUGCUAAUGUUUUUUCCAUGUCUGCAUGGCACUUUUCUGAGUUUUCC